AUGCUCAUGGUGAGGCCCCAAAUUGAGGAGCUAGAGCACCACAUCGGCAUGGGGUUCCCCACCCCUGCCUGUCCCGCCUCAGCCUGCCUGCUGCUGCUGCUCCUGGCCCUGCCCCCAGCGGCCCCCAGCUGCCCCAUGCUCUGUACCUGCUACUCGUCCCCGCCCACCGUGAGCUGCCAGGCCAACAACUUCUCCUCCGUGCCGCUGUCCCUGCCGCCCAGCACCCAGCGCCUCUUCCUCCAGAACAACCUCAUCCGCACGCUGCGGCCGGGCACCUUCGGGCCCAACCUGCUCACGCUGUGGCUCUUCUCCAACAACCUCUCCAUCAUCUACCCGGGCACCUUCCGUCACCUGCAGGCCCUGGAGGAGCUGGACCUCGGUGACAACCGGCACCUGCGCUCCCUGGAGCCCGACACCUUCCAGGGCCUGGAGCGGCUGCAGUCGCUGCACCUGUACCGCUGCCAGCUCAGCAGCCUGCCCGCCAACAUCUUCCGCGGCCUGGUCAGCCUGCAGUACCUCUACCUCCAGGAGAACAGCCUGCUCCACCUCCAGGAUGACCUGUUCGCGGACCUGGCCAACCUGAGCCACCUCUUCCUGCCUGCCCGCCCGCGGCGCCCACGCGGCCCGGCAACCCGGGCCCGCGGCAACAGCUCCUCCAACCACCUGUACGGGGUGGGGGUGGCCGAGGCCGGGGCGCCCCCCGCCGACCCCUCCACCCUCUAUCGAGACCUGCCCGCCGAAGACCCGCGGGGGCGCCCGGGCGGGGACGCGCCCACCGAGGACGACUACUGGGGCGGCUACGGGGGCGAGGACCAGCGCGGGGAGCAGACGUGCCCGGGCGCAGCCUGCCAGGUGGCCCCGGACUCCCGCGGCCCCGCGCUCUCGGCCGGGCUCCCCACCCCUCUGCUUUGCGUCCUGCUCCUGGCGCCCCACCACCUCUGACUGCGGUGCUGGGACUGCAGAGGCCGGGCUGGCCCCCAGCCCCCAGCCCCCAGCUGCAGCUCGGGCCCAAUCCCCGCCCCUGGCCUUGCUGCCUCCCUCUCCCCUCCCUGCUCCGCCCUCCCCUGGGACCAGGCCGCCUCUCCCCGCCUCCUGGGAUGCUGGCUUAAGACUAUCCCAAGGGGCUGUGUCUGGUGGCUCAGCCCCAUUCUCCCCAUCUCUGGCCAUGAACUCGGUCCCAUCCCACGGUGGGGUGGGGCAUCCCAGGCCGGCGCUGGCCCUUCUCGCAAUGCCCACCGCGGACUCGAGAGGAACUUUGUCUGCAAAGCAUCUUCCACCAGCAGAGCCUUCAGAAGCUCCGGAAGGGAGCCCACCCAGGAGCCCUGCGGAGGGAUGCCCACGGGGCCAGGCUGACCCUGGGCCCCUGCUUCUCUAGCCCCUCUCAGUCUCCCGACACGGGAGGAGUACUUUUCUCCUACGUCUACCCGGGACACUUUUUAGGGUGCCUGGAGAGAUCUUUCCUCUCCACCGUGGCCCCUGUGUGGUGAAGAUCAACAGAAGUUGUUUGGGGGGGAAAUUUAUUAAAAAUUCUAUU